CGAUUAAUGAUUCAAUAAUCCGUUAAAAGAAACAACAUAAUCGAUUAUUGUAUAUCAUAUAGUUAAUCGUGCAUCACUAGUUUUCAAUGUAUAAUAAUGGAUAUUGAAUUGUUAUGGUUCGAAAUAUCCCGCAAUUUUCCGAUUUUAACUGGAAAUGUUGCUAUUACAUUGGACGGCGAUGAAACGUAUCAGCAACUGGGCAACGAUGUUAUAUCGCUUGGAUUAGGCGACGUUUUGUGUGAAAUAAUUCGCUCGGAAAUUCAAUCUGCCGUUCGCGACAAAAUUGUGCCUUUAUUUUGGUCACAUUUUCCUAUGCGAUUGGGGCUUAUCGAACAAGGUUCUGAAACGCAAUAUUUAAUGUUUCAUCAAUUUGCUUCCGCUGUUGACAAUUUGCAAAAAAACAUUAGCUGCUUAAAAAUAUUUCCAAAGCGGUUGAAUAAAUUGCUUAAUCAACAUAAUAAUGAAACUUGGAAUUUAAGUUCAAUGUUAUUGAGAACAUUACUUGGACAAAUCCCAACUGGGUUUAAUGAAGUUGUGUCGGCUUUUUACAGUGUGUCAUUUCAGAUCUAUAUUCAGAUGUAUACUAAUCAUAAUGUCUUAACAGAUGAAGUAAUGAUGAACAAAAGAGAAUGUUGCGGAUGUAAAAAUAAAAUUAAUGCGUGUGAGUGCCAAAGUUUUGACAUAUUAAUAAACAAAACAAACAAGGCAUUGCAGGAAAUGGAACUUUUAGAUGGCAUAGCAGGAGAGAGUUUGACAUCACUUGUUCAAAAAUGCAUUAAAGAACAUAUUAAAGAUACAUGCCAUGGAAUAUUUGACAGGAGUUUUCUAAAGCAACUUGAACUUUGGCUGGACGAGACUAUAAUCAAUUGGCUGAGGAAGAUUUUUAGUCAUGUAUGCAUACACUCGCAAACUCCUGAGACGAGUACUUUGAAUAUUAUAAAAGGAUUCAAAGUUAAAUUAACAUAUUUUUUGUAUGAAAAUUUGGCCCUUAGUAUUAUUGAACAGUUUUUUAGUAUAAUCAUUGAUUUUCCUGACUCUAUUCCAGCCAUUGAUGAUUUAAAGAUUUGCAUGGAAAAGAUAGAUAUGAGAAAACAUUUCAUUCGAACUCUGACCAAUACAUUAAAAGUGCGAGUUCUGCACCCUGGCGUUAAUACUAUGGAUAUUUUAACAGGAUAUAUUGCCGCUAUUAAAGCUAUCAGAUAUCUUGAUAAUAGUGGAAUUAUUUUAGAAACAGUGACAGCACCAAUAAGAGACUAUCUUCGAAACCGCAGUGAUACAGUGCGACGAGUGGUAACAGGUCUCACUGAAGAAGGGCCUACUGAUUUAACAGAAGAACUAGCUAAAGGAGAAUCAAUUAAAGAAAAUGAGAAGCUAGACGCAAAUAACGAACUGAACAAUUGGGAAAAUUGGCUGCCAGAUUCAUAUGGUAUCGAUCAGACAGCCCGCGCUCAGUUAACCAAUAUCAACCGUUCAGCUGAUAUAAUAUCUAUGGUAGUUGACAUAUAUGGAAGCAAGGAACUCUUUAUGAAUGAAUAUCGCAACUUAAUGGCAGAUCGUUUACUAACUUACUUGGAUUUCAACGCCGAUAAAGAAAUUCGAAACUUGGAAUUGCUUAAACUAAGAUUUGGAGAUUCGUUACUACACAGUUGUGAAGUUAUGUUGAAAGAUCUCACGGACUCAAAACGGAUUAAUUCACAUAUCUUAAGUGAUUCCAAAUAUAAAGAGAAUAAGACUUUUGAUAUAUCAACAUUUAUAAUAUCUGCACAGUUCUGGCCAACUUUCAACAAAGAAAGUUUAGAGCUUCCUGAAGAAAUUGCUAACGAGUUUGAAAAAUACACCAAAGCUUAUGAAGCAUAUAAAGGCAACAGAACAUUGAAUUGGAGAACAGUAACUGGGCGAGUGAAUAUCGAUAUUGAAAUAGGCCAAAGGACAAUAGAAAUGACAGUAUCCCCAACACAUGCAAUCAUAUUAUACCAUUUUCAGAAUAAAGAUGAAUGGGCACUAGAAGACCUUAGUCAAAUUACAAAAGUCCCUUCUACUAUUCUGCGACGAAGAAUUGGAUUUUGGAUCACACAUGAUAUAAUAAACGAGGUUCGACCUGGAGUAUUCAAACUAGUUGAAAAUGAUGACAAAAAGCUUCAAUUUGAAAAUACACAAUUGAAUCAACCAAUUGGAGAAGAAGAUGUAGAAUCAGCUAUGGCUUCCGCAAGCGAUCAACGUGAAGAAGAGCUUCAAGUAUUUUGGUCAUAUAUAGUUGGAAUGCUUACAAACUUGGACUCUUUACCACUUGAUCGUAUACAUCAGAUGCUUAAAUUAUUUGCUUCACAUGGAGGUGGCAUAGAGUUCACGCAGGAAGAACUCAAAAAUUUUCUUCAACGAAAAGUUAGAGAACAUAAAUUAAUAUAUUCUGGUGGUGUAUAUCAGUUAUAUAAAUAAAUAUUAAACAAAUGCAUUUUGAAUAGUGGUAUGUCUCGGUUCCAUCAUAUAAUUUUGAUUUUUUAAAUAAUAUUGCCUCUUUUUUCACACGAAAAAAUGUGAAAUGUACAAUGUAUUAUUUAAAAUGAUAUUCUGUUAAGUUGUUUAUAUAAUUAUAAAAAUAAAAAAUCAUUUAAAA